AUGCCCGCGCGCAUUGGUAUGUCAUCACCGCCUCGAGCCCGAGCAUCUCGAAGCUGCGGUAACUGUCGAGCCGUCAAACGACGUUGCGAUAAACAGUCCCCGCAAUGCGGCCAAUGCAUUCGCACCCGGGAAACAUGCCAGGGAUAUCGAGAUGAGUGGGACCUAGUCUUCCGAGACCAGACAAGCCAUACCAUCAAGCGGUCCAAGAAGAGUCCAGCAGGAAAUAAUACAAUCUCGAGCGAGCUUACUACUCCUCCGACUACGACCCACUCCCACUCACCUCGUUCACCUCCACCUGCCCGUGGCCCGGACCCCAAUCUGGACGAAAUAGGCGUGAACUAUUUCCUCCAGGAUUUUGUGGCGGGCGGCCGUGUCCCGUCACGCGGUUAUCUCAACUAUAUCCCGACGGUAUACAGCCCCGAUUCCGAGCAUCCAACUCUCAUCACCAGUAUGGCAGCCGUAGGCCUCAUCGCGCUAGCAACUCGACAGCCCGAACUCGCCGCCCACGCGCGCGCCAAAUACUCCGAGGCAAUCCGCUACGUGAACAAUGCCAUCGCUUCACCGACCGAAUCCAUCAAGGAUAGUACUUUGAUGUCGGUAAUCUCGCUCGGUGUCUUCGAGCACGUGUCGAAUUUCGAAUCGUGGGUUCGACACGUCAAGGGUGCUGCCUCCUUGGUGAUUGCACGGGGUAAAUCUCAAUUUUCUAGUAGGGUAUCGAUCCUGAUGUUCAACCAGGUGCGCGCGGACAUGUGUGCUGCCUGUAUCCAAAGCAUCCAGCCAUUUCCGGAUGAUAUGUGCGAACUACAGGACGAAGCAACCAAGUAUACAGAGCCGACCGAUGCGUUCUGGAUACUUGGAAUCCUGAGCUCGCGAUGCGCAACGCUGUUCGCGGGUGUCGUGGCGAAGAAUAAUGGCGCUAGUCUGCCCAUUUCUUGGUCUGACUUUUUAGAAGAGUCGAUUGCGCUUCAAGCGGGGUUCAAGACGGCCGUUGAGAUCCUCGCCGUGCAUGAGCCAUACACAUCCAUUCAGGUGUCCAAGGGCAGCUCGGCGUUCAUUUCUUUUAGGGGUCGAUAUGAUCUAUAUCAGACAGCUUUUUCAAUAAGGCUCUGGAACAACUCACGCAUGGUCGAGAUCAUUGUUUGCGAGAUUAUAUGCUGGCUUAUAAACAAGAUCAUUACCUCUGAUCUCGAUGGGUCUGGGCAUGUCUCUGGACAGGACGGCACGGAGCUUAAAUCAAAACUGCACUAUGCGGCCCAUGUCAUAGCGGAACGGGGGGGAGGAUAUCCUAUCCAGCAUUCCACAGGGUUUAGGGCUGGUGUUUGCACCGGGACAGCAUCAAUAUUUCGAAGAGCCCCCGCAGGCCAAUGUCUCCGGAGGGUAUAUGCUGGUCUGGCAUCUUUAUACGGUUGGGAAAUCGCCUGUUAUUGGUGA